AUGGAGGCUCUGCCAGAUAUCUAUCCCUUGACAGGCCUGCAGAUUGGGGACAUGCAGUCGUACGUCUCACGGGCGUUCCUCUACUUUGCUCCGCUCACGAAGAAGGUGCUCAUUCUUGUGGACAACCAGCCUUGGCUGACGAGCAAGCAGUCUCGAUCGGCAAGGCUGUGGCAGUUCAUGGUCACCAAGUACAGGAUGUCUCCGUUCGUGAAUUCGAGGGCGCUUCACAAGGACAAGGCCCCUGUCUGCUCCUCCUCGGCAGCAGCUGCAGCUGCAGGUGCCGGCGGCGGAGACAGAGGAGACAGAGACACCAUGCGGCGGUGGUUCGAGGUGGCGGACCUGAGCUGCAGGGCGCUGCACGGCUUCCUGGUGUUCGAGGUGUCGUGGCGCGACGUGCACGGUAUCAACUACCUCAACGAGCUGCUGACAGACACGUCCCUGGCGCUGGAGGCGCGCUACAUGAAGAAGUGGGAGUUCUACAGCGCGGAGCAGGCUGCCGGCUGCACGAACCUCUGGUUCCUCGGCCGCGCCUCCGAGGCGCGGGCUCUGCGGGGCUACCUCGACACCCUGCACACGCACUCCAACUCGAGCGAGCAGGUGGAGGAGUGCAGCAGCGCGCUGCGGCGGACGUGCUCGUCCUCGUCUCUCAGCGCGGUUUCAGAGGACGAGGAGGAGGAUGCUGGUAGUGCGCCGUUCGUGGCCCCGGCGCAGUACAGCGACACGCUAAUCCUGUUCCGGUUCAGGGACAGCCAGCUUCCGCUGAAGCUGCGGCAGAUCAUCAUGUCGGACAUCCGGCUGCUGACAUUGCUCGAGUCCGGGCUGCCGCCGUGGGUGAUCUUCUUCCAGUCGUACCCGCUGCUGUGCCAUCUGUACCGGCCGUGGAUGCGGCCCCUGGCGCGGAGCCUCUACCUGCUCGCCUCGCUUGUCACCGUCCUCAUCGGCUUCUACGACCUAUACAAGAACGUGCCGCUGCUCAAGGCCGCCGCCGCGCGCAUCUGCGGCCCGUUCUUCGGGUGGAUCGAGACGUGGGACAUGGUCACCAGGAUACAGUACCUGGGCACCAUCCUCUUCCUGCGCAACCUGCGCAAGUGCCUACAGAGCCUCCUCGCGCUGCUGCGCACGGCGCGCGCGCUGCUCCGCGCCGUGGCCGCACCGCUCGCCGAGGCCGCUGGCCCUCUCCUCGCCUCCUGCGGCGAGCUGCUCGCCGGGGGCUUGGCCCCUACCUGGGCUCUGCUGGUGGACCUGGCGGAGAUGCUGUGGGCGCCCUUCGACCUCGUGCUAGACCACAUCGCCGGGUGCCUGUGGCCGCUGUUUCAGGUGGCGCUGCUGCCGGUGCGCUGCGCCGUGGCGCUGGCGAGCUGCGCGGGCUCCCUGAUGUCCGCCACCUACAAUUUCUCCAAGGACAUUUGGGAGACCAUAAGCAGCAUCUUUGAGCUCAACCAUAUGUCCGAGGCGCAGCAGAGCGCCUUCGACAUGUCCCUGCUCAAGAACCUCUGGAACGAUCUCUUCUCCCAGAUCUUCCGGGCGAUCAGGAGCAUACUUAAUGGCAUAUUGGUGUUCUUUGCAUCUUGCAACAGGCACAGGCUCAGCAUCUACAAUCAUGUGGAAUCAAGAUUGCGGCACAUUCUCCGCGUCGCUAGGUUGGCACCUUAUUCAUGUCCAUGCAAGAAACGACGUUUGGGGCAAAACAAUGAGGAUGAUGCGGUGGAAUGUGACAUCUGCAAGUGA